AUGUGCUUGGUAUGGGAAAAUCUCACGGUGGAGCUACCUAGCAUGAUCACGAGUGGUUCGACGAGGAAAUUGCUAAGUAAUCUUAGUGGUUAUGCUGAACCAGGCCAUAUCAUGGCUAUCAUGGGACCUUCUGGGUCCGGCAAAUCCACGCUACUUGACUCAUUGGCUGGAAGACUUUCUUCAAAUGUUAAAAUGAGUGGAAAAGUCCUUAUCAAUGCCAAGAGAAGCAGCAUAGACUGCGGAGAUAUUUCUUAUGUUACUCAAGAAGAUUUUUUUUUGGGAACCCUCACAGUCAGAGAAACAAUUACUUACUCGGCUCACUUGAGGCUUCCUCGGAAAAUGACUAAAGAGGAGAUAGAUAGUGUUGUUGACAACACAAUAAUGGAGAUGGGUCUUCAAGAUUGCGCUGAUUCUAAGAUUGGAAAUUGGCAUUUAAGGGGCAUAAGCACUGGUGAAAAGAAGAGACUUAGCAUUAGUGUUGAAAUUUUAACACGUCCACAUAUUAUGCUCCUUGAUGAGCCUACUACUGGCCUGGAUAGUGCUUCAGCUUUCUUUGUGAUAAGAGCUCUUAGCAACGUUGCUUAUGAUGGAAAGAUUGUCAUUUUUUCCAUUCAUCAGCCAAGUAGCGAUGUUUUCAAUCUUUUAGAUGAUUUGCUGCUUCUCUCAGGAGGAGAAACUGUCUAUUUCGGAGAAGCGAAAAUGGCAGUGAAGUUUUUCGCUGAAGCCGGAUUCCCUUGUCCAACAAAAAGAAAUCCUUCUGAUCACUUCCUGCGUUGUAUAAAUUUGGACUUUGAUAUCAUUGCCGAAGCUCUUUUGCGAUAUCAGAACAUCUGCGCAAUCCCGGAAUCGUCAAGUUAUUCGGUAAAGAUGAAAACUGCGGAGAUCAGAGAAACACUUAUUGAGAAGUACAAGUGUUCUGAGUUUUCAAUUAAUACAAGAAGAAGAAUUCAAGAAAUCUCAGAAGAACCUGCCAUUGAACCGAACAAGAGAAUCAAUGCUAGAUCUUGGAAGCAACUUUCUACGCUGACACGCCGAUCUUUUGUUAAUAUGCACAGAGACAUAGGCUAUUAUUGGCUGAGGAUGGUUCUCUAUGUCUUAAUAUCAAUAAGCAUUGGUGUCCUCUUUUUCAACAGUGGAACGGAUCGUGAAACGAUUUUGGAAAGAGCAAAGUGUGUGUGUUUUGUUUAUGGCUUCAUGAUUUGUUUGUCCUGUGGAGGCUUACCAUUUUUCAUUGAAGAAAUGAAGGUGUUUCGUCGAGAAAGGUUGGUUGGAGAUUACGGAGAGGCUGUGCUUGUGCUGUCGAACUUCUUCUCAUCAUUCCCAUUCUUGCUUGCCAUAUCUCUUCUUUCAGGAACAAUAAUCUAUUACAUGGUGAAAUUUCAUCCAGGAUUUCCUCACUAUGCCUUUUUCUGCAUCAAUCUCUUUUGCUGUCUUUCUGUCAUAGAAACUUGUAUGAUGAUUGUUGCAUCUCUGGUGCCUAAUGUCUUGAUGGGCAUUGGUAUUGGAACCGGUGUAAUUGUCUUUAUGAUGAUGGCAUCUGAGAUCUUCAGACCUGUACCAGACCUUCCAAAAUUCUUCUGGCGUUACCCAGUCUCCUACAUCAGUUUCGCGACAUGGGCAAUCCAGGGUGAGUACAAGAACGAAAUGAUUGGGCUCGAGUUUGAUCCUUUGCUACCAGGAAACUCAAAGGUGAAGGGAGAAACAGUCCUACAAACAGUUUUCGGAAUUCCUCUGAGUCAUUCCAAAUGGUGGGAUUUGACUGCACUGUUAUUCCUAUUACUAACCCAUCGACUAGUCUUGUACAUGGUACUUAAGUACAAGGAUAGGAUAGCUUCAAAAUUUCCCAGACUCCAUGCCAAUAGAACUGUCCAACACCUAGCAAGGAGAGUUUCGAAAGCGGGAGAAAUACUUUCUUCCUCGAAGAGACACCAUCCUCAGCGUCCAUUAUCUUCUCAAGAAGGUCUCAGGUCUCCAAUACCUUAG